CACCAAGUUAACGCAAAGUCGCAGUUUUGAUAGUCAAGACAGCACCAGCGGCAAGUAAGUCCAGACAGCAGACUUUUGAAAUACAAUAGCUCAUUAGCGUCACCGAGGAUUAGUCCGAGGGAGCCGUUGAUCAGCCAAAGUUGCUUAGAUUUAACAUCGCGCGGUAGACCACACUCAUGCCUUAGCCAGUCUUCAGAUGACCACUCAUUGGCGACUCUUUGCGAUUCCGGUAGAGCGCUUUCCCCGACGGACAGUUUAGAUUCAAGCUAUACGUUUAUUGUAAGUUCGGCGAGCGAGCACAGCAAGUCAUCUUUAAAUUACAAUUACCGCUUGUCAAAAUCAGCGGUGGAUCUAUCUCGAAAAACACGACCAAAUGGCAAAGUAGAUGAGCAAGAGAAUGUCUGGAAGAUGGGUUCUAGAGAUUACAGUUCAAUGUCUGGAAGUGGUACGAUUGGUUCAAGUGCGACUAGAAGAUUUGGGGAAUUUGGGCAAAGAAGUUCAUUUGGUUCGCAAGGAAAGGAAAGGAAAACCGCGAAUCUGCAACCGCUGGUUUCGAGGUCAUUGUCGAUGUCCGUGAUUGAUGGUUCAUCCGACGGAGGAGUGAGGAGAGAGAAAGGCCAACCUGCGCUAAGAGAGACGGAGGAGGAUGAAGGGGAGAUGAGUUUUGGGCAGAGUGGAGUGCGUUUGGUGAGGCAGUUUGGGAAGCAGGGGUGUGGGAGGUCCGAUCUGACGUUACCCAGUGGGAUCCAUGCCACUCCACAAGGGCAGCUGUUUAUAGUGGACUGUGGAAACUCUCGCAUUCAGGUAACGGACUCCCGCGGCAACGUCCUCCAGCAAAUCGGCCCCUCUUCUCCCUCGACACUUCGUAAAUGCAGGAACUACUUUGACAUCGCCGUGAACUCCAAAGGCCUCAUCGCUCUGAGCUGUGCAGCCGAACGCGCCCUUCACAUCUACAAUCGCCACGGACGGCUGCUCCAAACAUACGGCGGCGCCAACCAAAACUCAAACAAAGACGAAUUAGAAGCUCCACGCGGGGUUACCGUCACACGAUCUGAUGAAUUUCUGGUGGCAGACAUACGUAAAGGGACUCUUAUAGCGUUAAAACUGGAGCCAAAAGCUGCGUGCCGUAUUGAGAGAACCGUAGUGACGGGUUUUCACAGACCGUACUUAGUAGCAGCUUGUUUAAUUUCAGGAUUAAUCGCUGUUUCAGAAAGAGGGAGUGAAACGGGCAGAGUACCAUGUGUUAAAAUUUUAGCACCAGAUUGGAACACGAUAAGGAUUUUGGGCGUAUGUGCAGGUAUGGGUCCUGUGCUGCUCUCUCCAUGGGGAAUUUGCAUAGACAGAGACGGAAAUGUGCUAGUAGCUGAUUGGGCCGAACAAGGACAUAGAAUUGUGUUGUAUCCGAGCAGAGGAGUGGGGCAACCCAUUAUAACAGAAGGGCUAAGCAGUCCCAGAGGCUUAACAAUACUACCAGAAGGGCAUAUGGCUGUUUCUGACAGCAUGCACCACUGUGUAAAGAUAUUUCGGUACAAGAAUAAUCAAGACUGAAAUCGAUUAUGGCCAGUGUUGGGAGUAACACGUUAUAAAAAUAUUGAAUGUAAUGCAUUGCUUUUUGAAGUAACACAGUAAUGUAAGGCAUUACAGAGGAAAAAAUUGUCAUAUUUUACUCGGUACAAAUGUCAGCAACGCGCACUACAAUGCAUUUUUAACCUGGAUUGAAAUGGUGUUUUUUUUUUAUUUUUCUUCAUACAAAUUUAUUAAAAUCACCACAAUAUCAGCAGCGGUGAAAUGUCAUUGUUAUGGUUCCGAAUGUCAGGAUGAGUCCGGAGGUGCGCCCGCGUAGACCGUUGGGUAACCGCGGGCGAAAGGACCGGCGCAGAGCUAAGUGCAGGCGACACCCAAUCGUGCUUUGCAGACACCCUGCUCCACGAGCUCAGGGUUCUCUCAGGGGCGGUCCUAGAUUCCAGUUCCUUGUUUGAGAUAAGUCCUGGUUUGGUCCCUGGUUUAGACCUGGUUCAGUUCUGGUUUAGUCCUGGUUUAGACCUGGUUUAUUCCUGGUUUAGAACUGGUUUAGU